GACACUGAGUGGAACAUGUGCCUUGCAUAAAAUUCGGGUUCCUUAUUCAAGGAGGCCUAUUACCAACUUAACGUAGUGGGCUUCAUUUCCGGGAAUGCUCUCUUUCUGUGUUUCUGUGUUUCUGUGUUUCUCUCAUGCUCUUGAGCUAUCAGUGCUAACUAACUAAGUUGGAUUGAGCCCCUGUUCUGCUUCCAAUCCCCGGCCAUUAUGUACCAUGUCAGGCCGGAUUGGCGUGCUCCUGUGGUCCCAGUGGUCGCAGUGGUCUGCUGCCCCCUGUUCGCUCACAGUCUUACGCACUGGAUUGAGAUGGCCGUGGUGUGGCCGGCCCUGGCUUCACGGGCCAACAUCCGGAGUUAACGGGUCGGGGAUCCGGUGCUCCGCCAGGAGGAUGGCCAGUGCCAGUGUGGGCUUGAUCAUCAUCGGCGAUGAGAUCCUCAAGGGUCAGACCCAGGAUAUCAACACGCACUUUUUGGCGCAGAAGCUCCGCACCUUGGGCGUGUCUUUGAAGCGGGUCUCGAUUAUCCCGGAUGAUGUGGCCAUCAUUGCCCAGGAAGUGCGGACCUUCUCCGCCCAUUGUGAUGUCGUGCUCACUUCCGGGGGCAUUGGACCCACCCACGAUGAUCUGACUUUUGAGGGCGUGGCUCGGGCCUUUGAUGAUGAGGUCAAGCAUCACCCGGAAAUCGUGCAUCUCGUGAAGACGUGGUUCAAAACCGAGGAUCCCAAUGCUCCGGCCCUCAAGUUGGCUUUGGUGCCCAGCCGUGCUCAGUUGAACUUUGGCAUCGAUCCUCAGAGCGGCGAAGAGCUCAAAUUCCCCAUUGUGUCCGUCCAUAACGUGUACGUGUUUCCCGGUAUUCCCAAAUUGCUCCAAAGAGGCUUCGAAGGCCUCAUACCCACCAUCUUCGGUCAUCUCAAGACUCGUCAUGUGAAUUCGGAUCAGGUGUUUGUCAAUGAUUCCGAGACCAAUAUCGCCGAUCGGCUCAACUCCCUCGUGCAAGACCACCCGCGGGUCACUUUCGGAUCCUAUCCCGAGUGGUCGCACCCCUAUUUCCAAACCAAACUCACGCUUGAAGCCGACACACAAGAUCUCCUUCAGGCCGCCAAAGCCGACCUUCAAGGCCGAAUCCCGACCAUGACCUACGAUCCAAGGCCCUUUGAUCACGCCAUGGACAAGAUCCACGAGCUCAUGAAGAGCUCCUCACAUGACCUGGCCUUUCAACGGGCCUUGCACGAGGCCCAAGGCACAGUGGAACAGACUCUGGAAAAAUACGCGCCCGAGGAAGUGGCCGUGUGCUUCAACGGGGGCAAGGAUUGCAUCGUAAUGCUCCAUUUGGUUCACGCCCACUUCCAGCGUCAUUUCCCACAAAAGCGACUCCAAACGAUCUACAUCAAAGAAAAGGAUCCCUUCCCGGAAGUGGCUCAAUUCAUUCUCGAAACUGAGAGCAAGUACAACUUGGACGCCCUCAACAUCGACGGGGGCAUGAAGGUGGCCCUGCGGAAAAUGCUCGAGGAUCGACCACGCAUCCAAUGUACGUUCUUGGGGACACGUCAAGGCGACCCUGGAUCGCAACACCAAGGCCUGUUUUCGCCCACGGAUGGCGAUUGGCCGCGAUUGAUGCGCGUCAAUCCGGUGUUAAACUGGGAAUACCGCCAUGUGUGGCGGUUCAUUCGGAGUCUCAAACUGACCUAUCCUAGUCUGUACGAUCAGGGCUACACAUCCUUAGGCAGUCGCUCGAAUACGGUCAAGAACCCGGUGUUGGCAGUGGAUGAUGGGUCAGGGCGUACUCGAUAUAAACCCGCUUACGAGUUGACCGAUGGCAGUCAGGAACGGGCGGGUCGAGCCACGCCUCGACUCGCUUGAUUUGGACACGAUAUCCAAUUGAUCAGAUAUAUAUAUAUAUAUAUAUAUUUGACUUGACGUACGUUUUAUCGUUUUCUAUCUAUGGCGCACAUGAAAUAUAGUCUACUUACACGCUC